AUGAAUGGAGGAAAUCACUCAGCGGUGUCUGAAUUUGUGUUGCUGGGACUCACCAGUUCUUGGGAGCUUCAGAUUCUCCUUUUUGUAUUCUUCACAAUAUUUUAUGCGGCUAGUAUGCUGGGAAACCUUCUCACUGUGCUCACCAUCAUCUCAGACCAUCAUUUACACUCCCCAAUGUACUUCUUGCUGGCAAAUCUCUCCUUCAUCGAUAUGGGAGUGUCCAGCAUCGCCACUCCAAAGAUGAUUUAUGACCUGUUCAGAAAGCAUAAAGCCAUCUCCUUGAAAGGGUGCAUCACACAGAUGUUCUUCAUUCACACUGUGGGAGGGACAGAGAUGGUGCUGCUCAUUGUCAUGGCCUAUGACAGAUACGUGGCUAUCUGCAAGCCCCUCCACUACCUGACCAUCAUGAGCCUGAGAAUGUGCACUUCUCUUUUGGCUGUGGCUUGGACCAUUGGACUCGUCCACUCUGUAGUCCAACUGGCUUUUGUUGUAAACUUGCCCUUUUGUGGGAGCAAUAAAAUGGGUAGCUUUUACUGUGAUUUUCCUCGGUUUAUCAAACUUGCGUGUACAGAUACAUACAGACUGGAGUUUCUGGUCGCUGCCAACAGUGGUUUCAUCUCCAUGGGCACCUUCUUCAUCUUGAUUGUGUCUUAUAUCUCCAUCCUGGUCACGGUUCAUAAACACUCCUCAGGAGGUUCCUGCAAGGCCCUCUCCACUCUCUCAGCUCACAUUACCGUGGUGGUUUUUUUCUUUGGUCCUUGCAUCAUAGUCUAUGUGUGGCCAUUCCCUACCUUACCCAUAGAUAAAUUUUUAGCUAUCUUUGAUGUUCUUAUCACUCCUUUUAUGAAUCCUGUCAUCUAUACAUUUAGAAAUAAGGAGAUGAAAGUGGCAAUGAGGAGAUUCUUUGUUAAGGCUUUAACAAGUUUUAGGAAGAGUUCUUUUAUGCAGUCUAAGAAAUUCUUCACCAUGAAUCUCUUUUCUGACCUUGUACUGUACCAGAAUGCUGUCACAGCCCAGGCUGUGUAA